GGUUGUUAUCUCUACCUCUCAGCCAGUGCGUGUCUUCGGUGGUGUGCAGAGAGAGGGUGGUUCCCUGUGCAGCAGCGCCUCUCCGCGCUCCUUCGUGUAUUAUUUACGUUGUGCUGUCGGGCUGGCUGCUCACACGUGUCCCACCGUCUCGCCUCUUUGUCCUGCAUCACACUUUCACUGUGGCUUCACCGUCAGCAACGGAGAGAAGCUGACUGCAUGCCGCGUUUGCCCUUUCCUCGCACUGUUUUUCCUGCAGCGGACUGCUCAGCCUUUUGAUUGGGCUCCUUUUCAAUAAAGCGGAACGCGUCCCAUCUGAAAGAAGGAAAGAAAGAAGGAAAAACAGAGGCAGGGGAUGCGGCAUCUCCCCAGCCCUUGUCCUCUGGUUCCGGACGGACUGGGACGGGUUAGAUGACGUGCGGAGGGGGUUCUCCGGGUAUUUAUGUGUCGCCCUGCGUUGGAAAAGACCCAUCCCACCGGGAGAUCCAUGCUCCGGCUUUUGUGUCGCUGUCAUCAUGUCCCCAGCAUCGGCUCCAGAGGCCAGUGAGAGCAGCACAACCACGGUCCAAGAGGAGGCAGCGGCCAGUCCCAGAGAGGAGCAGCAUCCUCAGAAACAGUCUCUGACCAAGUCUUUGUGCCAGGAGUCUCACUGGAAAUGCCUUCUGCUGUCCCUGUUGAUGUAUGGCUGCGUAGGAGUGAUAGCCUGGUGCCAGGUGACCAAGGUCACGCGUCUCUCCUUCGACAGCGCUUACAAGGGGAAGUCCAUGAUGUAUCACGACAGUCCCUGCUCCAAUGGUUACAUCUACAUCCCCCUGGCUUUCCUGGUCAUGCUCUAUGUGGUCUACCUUGUAGAGUGCUGGCAUUGCUACGCCCGGAACGACCUGGUGUACAAGGUGGAUGUGGACAGCGUGGCCGAGCGCAUACAACGAAUGCAGCAGGCCACGCCCUGCAUCUGGUGGAAGGCCAUCAACUACCACUAUGUCAGGAGGACACGACAGGUGACGCGCUACCGCAAUGGAGACGCAUACACCACCACGCAGGUUUACCACGAGAGAGUGAACACGCAUGUGGCUGAGACAGAGUUUGACUUUGGGAACUGUGGCGUUAAGGAUAUCUCGAAGCAGCUGCUAGGUUUGGAGGGAUUCCCAAUUAGCAGGCUGAGGUUCACGAAGUGCUUUAGCUUUGCCAACGUGGAGUCAGAAAACACCUACCUGACGCAGCGGGCUCGCUUCUUUACAGAAAAUGAGGGCCUGGAUGAUUACAUGGAGGCCCGUGAGGGGAUGCACUUAAAGAAUGUGGACUUUAAGGAGCACAUGAUUGCCUUUUCUGACCUGAACCAUCCUCCCUGGUAUGCUUCCAACUCUGCUUUCUGGGUGGCAGCUGCGUUCACUCUCUCUUGGCCAUUGCGGGUGCUGACGGAGUACCGCACAGCCUGCGUGCACUACCACGUGGAGAAGCUGUUUGGCUUUGACUAUGUGCCAGCAACGCCAUCCGAGGAGCGUCCGUAUUGCCAACACAUCCCACGGGUCAACACCAUCGACAGCACGGAGCUAGAGUGGCACAUUCGCUCCAACCAGCAGCUAGUGCCCAGCUACUCGGAGGCAGUCCUGAUGGAUCUAGCCCAGCUUUCUGGAAGCUGCAACAGCUACUCCACAAGUGGGCGGUACGGCAGCUACAGGCAGAAUUGUGAACGCUGCCACCGCGCCAUCAGCAGCUCCUCCAUCUUCUCCCGCAGCGCCCUGAGCAUUUGCAACACAGCGAGCCCCCGCAUCCCCUUCAGCGCCAGCCGCUUCUCUCUGGGCCGGCUGUAUGGGUCCAGGCGGAGCUGCCUGUGGAGGAGCAGCGGGAGCCUGAAUGAGCAGUCCUGUCCCACCGAGAGCACUCGCUGUCUGUCAGGUCAGCAGACUAAUGAGGAGAACCCUCCGGCCUAUCAGGACGCUCUGUGCUUUCCUGUGCUCAUUGUGCAUCGCAACGAAGGAUGCCUCAAUCACGACCAUCGCUCUUUGCACAGGAAUGGCUCCUGUGUGGAGACUUCCCUUUGACCCACAGGUAGCCCAAUGUGAUGACACAAACUGAGGCUGAGAAACAUCUUUAGCCCUGGCUUGUGAGGGUGUGUACAUUUACAAUGCUUUGUGAGUAUUUAGGUACUUACGCUUUUUCACAUUUUGGACACAUUACAACCAAAAACUUCUGCACAACACAAGUUAGUCCAUGACUGGGAAGUGGAAGAAAAAUCCUCCAUCCACCAUUUUUUCCAUGCAGAGUAGAGCGAGGACAAUCCAGUCCGUCUCAGGGCAUCAUGACAGAUUCAUGCGAACACUUUGAUAAUUUAACCUGACUUGCAUGUUUUCAUACAGAGGGAGGAAGCAGGAGUACCUGAAGAGAACUCAGAACAUGCAAAUUAUAUGCAAAAAGGCACCAGACUGGAUUUAAACACCUGCAGAUAGACAAGUCAGAAAAAAACGUUGUGGAGAAUUUUAAUGUAGGAUUAGGUCCCAAACUUUGAGCGUCACAUAAAGCACUCUUCAAUUCAUCAUAAGAGUAGUAAAUGUACAUCCAAAACUGAAUGAAAAUGUAUUAAAUCCCAUUGAGAAACUUUGGCAAGACUAGAAGAUUUAUGUUCGCCAACACUAACUAUUCAGUCUGACUGUGAAUGAGCAAAAAUGUCAGUCGCUAAGUUUGCAAAGCUGGCAGAGAGGUAUUCCCAAAUGACUUAGCUGUAGUUAUAGCAUUCACUUAGGAGGACUGGGUCCUUGCACACCACACUUUUCAUACUUUAUUUGUAGAAAAAAAAUUCAAACAAUUUAUCAUUUUCCUUCCACUUCAAAAUUAUGCACCAAUUUGUCUUGGUCUACAGCAAAAAAUCCCAA